CAUUUCCCUCGAUAACCCCCAGCAGGCGAACACCCGUCGUCUCUGUAGAGAAAAAGACCCCUCUAAAAUCUGCCCUCGAGAUGCCCCACCUCGCCGCACCUGCCUCUCCGCCGCCGGCUCCAAACCUAAUGUCUGACGCCCGCGAGGCUGCCUCCUCCUCGCCGCCGUCGGAAAGGGGGCGGAGGAAGGCAGUGGUGGUGGUCAUGGGCGCGACGGGCGCCGGCAAGUCCCGGCUUGCCGUUGACCUGGCGGGCCACUUUACCGGCGUCGAGGUGGUCAGCGCCGACUCCAUGCAGGUCUACCGCGGUCUCGAUGUCCUCACUAACAAGGUCUCCCUCCAUGAGCAGAACGGUGUUCCUCACCAUCUCCUUAGCAUCGUCGAUCCUUCCGUGGAGUUCACUUGCCGCGAUUUCCGUGAUCAUGCCUUGCCUAUUAUAGAAGAUAUAUUGGAUCAUGGCGGCCUGCCUGUUAUUGUUGGCGGCACAAACUUCUAUAUACAGGCUCUUGUUAGUCCAUUCCUUUUUGAGGAUAUGUCAGAAGAUAUGCAGGGUUGCACUUUGAGUGACCAACUUGAUGAUAUAGGCCUUGCCACGGAUGAUGUUAGAAGUGGGUAUGAACACUUGAAGGAGAUUGAUCCUAUUGCAGCACAAAGGAUCCACCCAAACAACCAUCGAAAAAUAAACCGUUAUCUUGAGUUAUAUGCAACCACAGGUGCACUACCAAGCGAUCUUUUCCAAGGAGAAGCUGCAGAAGACAAGUGGGGCCGGCCUACUAGUUCCAGAUUUGACUGUUGUUUCCUGUGGGUAGAUGCCGAGCUUCAUGUUCUGGAUAAUUAUGUCAAUGAAAGAGUCGAUUGCAUGAUUAAUGCUGGCCUGCUUGAUGAAGUGCGCAAUAUAUAUAAUCCAGGUGCCGUUUAUACCCAAGGUCUGCGGCAGGCCAUUGGGGUUCGUGAAUUUGAUGAGUUUUUCAUAUCAUAUUUUACAAAGAAAGAACCUAAUAAUGAGAUGAAAGCUGGUAUGCUUGAUCUCCAUGAUGAUAAGCUGAAAAACUUGUUGGAUGAAGCUGUCUCCCAGCUAAAAGCAAACACACGAAGACUUGUUCGACGCCAAAGACGGAGGCUACACCGGCUGAAUAAAGACUUCGGGUGGCAUUUGCAUCACAUCGAUGCAACAGAAGCAUUCCAAUGUACCACUGGUGACUCGUGGCACGUCAAGGUUAUAAAACCUUGCGUAGAUACUGUCAGGAGAUUCUUGUCUAAUGAUACAAGUUUGGCAAGUAAAGAUUGUUCAAAUGAUGGUGGAGGGACUAGGUUGGCCUCAAGAGAGUUAUGGACUCAAUAUGUUUGUGAGGCCUGCGACAACCGGAUCCUUCGAGGGGCACACGAGUGGGAACAACACAAGCAAGGGCGAGGCCACCGGAAAAGAACGCAGCGCUUGAAGCGGAAGAGUAAGAUGAAGAGUACAUCGUCUGAAGCAGAAGUAUAACUGUAUGAGCAUCAGUUUUAGUUUCGGUGUAGAUGGAACACCAUUUAGAUUGGUUUUGAGUCUUAUGGAGGAGACUGUGGAAGGGGAUUGAUAAGGGCACGGAUCCAAACACUAGUUCUGAUCCUUAAAGGCGUGUUUGUAUGCUGCCUGACUUCAUAUUGCCGCAAACAACAGUUCAUCUUAA